AUGGCCCCCGGCAGCCGGCGCGGGGGGGCCCGGCUGCUGCCGCUGCUGCUGCCGCUGCUGCUGCUGCCGGCGGCGGGCGGCGGGUGCGCGGCGGAGGGCGGCCCGCUGGAGCCCUUCGAUGCGCUCUACGCCAGCGGGGUGGAGGCGUACUACGGCGGGGACUUCGCGGGCGCGGCGCGGUGCCUGGAGCGGGCGCUGCGCAGCCGGCGGGAGCUGCGGGCGGCGCGGCUGCGGUGCCGGCGGCUGUGCCGAGCGCAGGUGCGGCUGGAGGAGCCGGGCCCGGGCACCGCAGGGGACCUGCGCUUCUUCGGCUCGGUGCUGCGGCGCGCAGAGUGCGUGCGGCGCUGCGAGGAGCCGCGGCUGGGCGCCGUGUCCCGGCACCGCGCCGCCGAGGAGGUGCGCGCCGACUUCCAGCGCAGGGUGCCCUACAGCUACCUGCAGCGCGCUUACAUCCAGCUGAACAAGCUGGAGGAGGCAGCAAAUGCAGCUCACACCUUCUUCAUGGCAAACCCUGAGCACAUGGAGAUACAGCAGGACCUGGAGAACUACAAGAGCACCUCAGGGAAGGCCACCUUGAUUGACCAGGAGGCCAGGCAGCACAUGGAGGACUACAGUGCUGGGGUGAGGCACUAUGACAGGGAGGAAUAUGAGCUGGCCAUUGAGCUCCUGGAGCGAGCCCUGCAAGGAUACUACUCUGAGGAUGAGGAUUGCCAGCUCAUGUGCGAGGGACCACAGAGGUUUGAGGAGCACGAGCACCUGGAUUACAAGGCUGGUCUCUAUGAAGCUAUUGCAGAUCACUACAUGCAGGUCCUGGCCUGCAAGCACGACUGUGUCCGGGAGCUGGCCACGCGCUCGGGCCGCAUCUCGCCCAUCGAGAACUUCCUUCCCCUCCACUAUGACUACCUGCAGUUUGCCUAUUACAGAGUUGGUGACUAUGUGAAAGCCCUGGAGUGUGCCAAGUCCUACCUGCUGUUCCACCCGGACGAUGAAGAUGUCCUGGAGAAUGCAGGUUAUUAUGAGGGUCUCUUGGAAGGCACAGUGGAUCCAGCCACCAUCAAACCCAGAAAGGAAGCCAGAGCGCUGCUGCGGCGGCACAAGCUGGAGUCCCACCUCCUGCGGGUGGCUGCGGCCGGCCUGGGAUUCGCCUACACGGAGCCGAAUUACUGGAACAGGUACGGCGCCCGCCAGGACGAGCACAGCGUCCCAUCAAGCAUCAGCAGUGAACCCGAGGAUGGGCCCCGGCUGUCCCUGACAAAGAAACCCAUGCCAAAGCCAGAUCGAGAGCUGAAGGAGGGGGGCCCUCUUCUCUACAGCGAUGUGAAGUUUGUCUACAACUCUCAGCAGCUGAAUGGCACCCAGCGAGUGCUGCUGGAUAAUGUCAUCUCAGAGGAGCAGUGCCGGGAGCUGCACAGGGUGGCCAGUGGGAUCAUGUUGGCUGGCGAUGGUUACAGGGGCAAAACCUCCCCCCACACUCCGAAUGAGAGAUUUGAAGGAGCCACUGUCCUCAAAGCCCUCAAGUAUGGCUAUGAGGGCCGUGUCCCCCUGAAGAGUGCCCGGCUGUUCUAUGACAUCAGUGAGAAGGCUCGCAGGAUUGUCCAGUCCUACUUCCAGCUCAACUCCACGCUCUACUUCUCCUACACGCACCUGGUGUGCCGCACCGCCCUCUCCGGCCAGCAGGAGCGCAGGAAUGAUCUGAGCCAUCCCAUCCAUGCUGACAAUUGCCUCUUGGACCCCGAAGCCAACGAGUGCUGGAAGGAACCUCCUGCCUACACCUUUCGGGAUUACAGUGCCCUUCUGUACAUGAACGCAGAUUUUGAAGGUGGCGAGUUCAUUUUCACCGAGAUGGAUGCCAAAACUGUGACAGCUUCCAUCAAGCCCAAGUGUGGGAGGAUGAUCAGCUUCUCGUCGGGCGGCGAGAACCCCCACGGGGUGAAGGCGGUCACCAAGGGCCAGCGCUGCGCUGUGGCUCUCUGGUUCACCUUGGACCCUCUCUACAGAGAGCUGGAACGAAUCCAGGCAGAUGAAGUGAUUGCAAUGUUGGACCAGGAGCAUCUAGGGCCCAGUGAAAUGAACAUCAACCCAAAGGAUGAGCUAUGAACUAGGCCAAAGACUUUUUCUAUUAAAUAUUUAUUUAAUAUUGUUAAUCUUAUUAGAACCCUUCUAUUUUUGUACAGAGAUGCUGUAUAAAUUAACAGGUUAAUAUGA